CCCCUCUCUUCCCUUUAAGCACAAAGCGCAUGAAUUUACUUCGCUGUAAUCUGUACUUUUGUCCAUCCUGAAGCUUCCCCGUUAACCUUAUCAUCAUCAUCCUGUACCAUUUACUUAUAACUAAUGUAUACACUUCUAUGUCAAGCCAAUAUUUCAACAUAUAUUGGCGCCUUUGAGCUCAGAAGCAGCGAUGCUAUGCUGUCGCUUCUGAGGAAUCCACAUUGAUAUGUAUAGAACUCUUGGUAAGCAUCGACUCAUAUACCGUGCCCGCAUGUCAAAUUAUGUGAAGACCGGGCUAGUGAACCAAGCACUCCAGGUGUUCGACGAAAUGACUCAGUCAGACUGUAGAGUUUUCAGCAUUGAUUACAACAGAAUAAUUGGCGUUUUGAUUCGUAACUCGCGUUUUGAUUUAGCAGAAUGCUACUAUCAUGAAAUGAAGCCUAUGGGGUUUUCCUUGAAUUCAUUGACAUAUUCAAGAUUCAUUUGUGGUUUGUGUAAAGUUAAGAACUUUGAUCUUAUUCAUAGGCUUCUUAAUGACAUGGAUAUGGUUGGUACAGUCCCUGAUUUUUGGGCUUAUAAUACGUAUUUGAAUCUUUUGUGCAGUGAACAUUUGGUUGAUAUUGCUUUGGAGUUGUUUAGAGUAAUGGGAGCGAAAGGGAAAGAGCCUGAUGUUGUGAGUUAUACCAUUCUUAUUAGUGGGCUGUGUAGGAUUGGACGCUUCGAUAAUGCUGUUGAAAUGUGGCAUGCAAUGAUUAGGAAAGGAUUAAUUCCAGACAAUAAGGCUUGUAAAGCUCUUGUUUUCGGCUUGUGUGGGAGUGGUAAGGUUGAUUUGGCUUAUGAGCUGACUUUAGGUAUUCUAAGGGGUCAAGUCAAAUUCAACACGGAAAUAUACAAUGUGCUGAUACAUGGGUUUUGUGGAGCUGGUAGGAUUGACAAAGCACAAGCAAUUAAAACGUUCAUGAGGAGAAACAGGUGUGAACCAGAUUUAGUUACUUAUAAUGUGUUCUUGAAUUAUUGUUGUAAGGAGCUUAUGCUGGAAGAGGCGGAGAAGUUGAUAGAGAAGAUGGAAGGAAAUGGGUUGGAACCUGAUUGUUACAGCUAUAACCAGCUUCUUAAAGGUUUCUGCAAAGCCAAUAGAUUGGAUAAGGCAUAUAAGCUAAUGACCCACAAGAUGGAGGCCAAUGGCUUGGUAGAUGUUGUAUCUUAUAAUACUAUUAUUAGAGCGCUCUGCAAGACAGACUGUAGUAAGAGGGCAUACAAUCUCUUCGAGGAGAUGGAGCAAAAAGGAAUUGUUCCUGAUGUUGUAACUUUUACAAUUCUUAUAGAAGCUUCUCUAAAAGAAGGUAAUUCCAGUGUAGCCAAGGCACUUUUUGAUCAGAUGAUCAGCAUGGGCCUUUUUCCAGAUCGUGUACUCUACACUUCUAUUAUUGAUAACCUAUGCAAGACAGGUAAAAUAGGGAUGGCUCAGAGCAUUUUCCAUGAUAUGGUGGAACAGGGUGUUGGGGCUGAUGUUAUCUCGUAUAAUGCACUAAUCAACGGAUUUUGCAAGGCUUUUAGAGUAAAUGAAGCUUUGCGUCUUUAUGAAGAUAUGCAAGCUAGAGCUUUGGAUCCAGAUGAAAUCACCUUCAAAUUGAUUAUUGGAGGCCUCGUACAGGAGAAGAACUUCUCAGUGGCUUGUGCAAUUUGGGAUCAAAUGAUGGAGAAGGGUUUUACACUUGACAGAGAUUUAUCGCAGACUCUAAUUAAUGCAAUCAACUCAUAGGUUGCACCGUAUAGGAAUGGUUGACUUGCUCUGAAUCCUUCCCAUGGGAAAAUUUCUAUUGGAUUUGCAGCUCUCGGAACUCAGUAGACCUUCUGUUCUUCUCAAGGAAAUGCCUAAGUCACCCAAGGUCACAAUGGUAAACAAACUGGCCAAGCUUCUUGGAAAAAAGAGGAAAGUAUAUAAUGGAUUCUUUUCACCAUGCUAGCAGGAAAUACUAUUCAAGAGCUUGUGGAGAAGGAAAGUGUGGGUAGGACAAUUGUUUAAGACCCGGCGUGUCAUCAACUGACAUUGGUAGUUUCUAAUUGAAAAAGGAGAAGAUUGGAGCAUGUAAAUGAAGCUGAAAUAGUUCUUGAGGUGCUAGAAUCAUUACAGGAUUAAUUUUUGGGCCUCUGCAAAGUUUUAAGGGAAAACCAAUGGUGUGUCUAACUCUCAUUUAUCAAGGCUAAAUUGGAGAGUUCCGUCUGUUAAAAGUUGUUGAAAGCUGGAGGCUCUUAACAGAAUGACUUAUUUUCUAUUGUGAACAUUUGUACUGUAAUAUGUUACUCAACAUACUUAAGUGCUGAGAUGUAGCUUACAGUGUUUGUCUCCAUUAUCUAAGAUAAAGAUAAAGCUUCUUGGCCUGA